AUCUUUUUCCUCUUAAGAGUACUUAGCUAAACCCAUCAACGCUUGUCUUAAUUAGUUGCCAAGCUCAUAACAUAGAACCGAGAUGGGGAUAAAACCUAAGUAUAUUGUGGUUGUUAUCAUGGCGAUGAUGAUCAUGAUAAGCUCAUGUUUGGCUGCGAGGAAUAUUAUUCCCCGGGAAAAUAAUCAAGAAAGCGAAAAAAUAUCUCGAGAGAUGAUCAUAGGGAAAGAAGAAGAUUCUACUGAGAAAAUAGAGCACCCAAGAAGCAGCGUGGAGAAUCACCAUUACAUCCCAAGACAAGAUUUCAACUACUAUGUACCUGGAGGCGAUAACAAUGGAGGUGACUCUUCAGUUCAUAACUUCAUAGCUGUUAUCCUUUUCUUGCAGUUUCCAAAGUACAACAUAUAUGGUUGCAUUGAUUGUCUGGCGCUGAUGAUAUGUGCUCAACUGCAACAUCUUAAAUCUUCAAAAGGGAAGGACACAUCUGGUUAGUAUUGAGAUGUUUCAUAUAUGUCUGUAGGGUUGAUAAUUUCCAGAGUAAUGAAUAAAUUGUAUCCUGAUCUGUAGGUGUCCUAGAUUACAUGAUCCAUUGUUAAUAAAAUACACAAGUAACU